AUUUUAUCAUUCAUGCACUGAAACGAUAUUUUACUUCCUUUCGUGGACUGAAUAAGCCAUUUAAAGCGUACAUUUAAAGUCUUGUGAAAGAAAGUUUAUUAUAUUGAACAAAAUGACAUUUAAUGUCGAUUCAUCUCUUCAUAAGGCGUCGGAUUUAAUUCAUGAAUUCACAUGUUCUCCAUGUGAAGAUGACGGACUUAACUCUGAGGCUCAGAACUAUUGUGUGGACUGUUCAAAGUACUACUGCUCUCGGUGCGAGUCCAAACAUGGCGGCCUGUUUAAGCGGCACAAAGUACUUGAUCGGAAGGACGUGAAGAAAUGGGCGGCGGUGCCCGGGACGGUCGUGGACGAUCUGGAAAGAUGCGAGCACCAUCCCGGGAAAAAAGUGGAGCUGUUCUGCGGAGACCACCAAAAGCUAUGUUGUCAUAUAUGCGUCUCCGUUGUUCACAGACAAUGUUCGAUGAUACAACAUAUACCAGACGUAGCAAAUGGUAUUGAUGACAAACCAGAAUUUAAACGACUUCCACAACAAAUCGCCGACAUCCAAUCACAAAUCAAGAAGCUACAGGAGACCCGCGAGAAAAAUCAACAAUUCAUACGGGACUGCCGUGCACAAAUCGUAUUAGAGAUCAGAGCUUUGCGUAGGAAGAUCGACCAAGUCUUGGAUCAAUUGGAGCAAAACACAAUCAAAGAGCUGGACGUUUUGGUAGCAACAUUUGAGGAGCAAAUAAAGAAAGACAUUGCACAGUCAGCACAGUUGAGCAAGGACAUGACAUCACUUGCAGAUAGCAUGACGAAGACUAAGACGAACAAUUCCUUGGCCUACGUAGGAUAUUCUCGAUGCCAGAAAUUAAUUACAGAAACCAAAGCUUUUCUUGAAGACAAUACCAGCAAACAAGAAGUAGAGUUGGCGUUUGUGCUUCAUACAGGGCUAACCGACCUCAUUGAUUCUUUAAUGUCUUUGGAACGGUUUGGAGAGAUUACUUAUAUGUCACAUGUUUUCAAGGUUGAGAAUGUGAAACACGUCAAUGCAGCACUUAAAAUUGACAAAAGAAUCUCGAACAUAAGUGGAAUAUGUGAACUCUUAAGUGGAGAGCUCGUUCUUGUUGACAAUUACAAUUGCCGUAUAAAGCUCCUGAACCAGUCCUAUCAGAUUGUCGAUCACUGCGACGUUCCAACUCAUCCACAAAAUGCAUGUAAUAUUGCGGGCAAUGAGCUGGCGGUUUCUGUCAACUUCAAUGAUAAGAAUAGACAUGAGGUUCGCUUCUUCAACGUUAGGGAUUCAAAGCUACAACAGACAAGACAAUUAACGUGCUGUCACAGAGUACAAAACAUAGCCCAUCAUUCAGGGCGUCUGUACAUCGCAUCGGGCACUGCGCUUUACGCUUACGACAAGGCAGGCAAUCAGGGGAGAAAGUUGUUUGAGGACGAGUCGGAUACAUACACCGUUUACGAUUGUGCUGUAAGCUCUGAUGGCAGUAAAAUUUACUACACAAAUUACUCCAAAGAUCAACUUCUUACCUUGGAUAGUGCAGGAAAUAAAUUAGCAACGCUCAGCGAUCACGAUAUGAAAAAUCUUACUGCUGUACACGUGUCACCACAAGGUCACGUUUUUGUCUGCGCGUAUGGCUCAAACACCGUACUUCAAGUGGACAGGGAAGGAAAGAGGAAGUUGGCUACACUAGCCACACAGUCUAAUGGAUUGGUGAAACCAAACUCACUGUAUUACAGAAGCUCAACAUCCAGUCUUAUUGUGGGACAACAUAACAAUAACAACGUUGUUGUGUUAAAGUUGAAAUAAUGAAUUACGAUCACGCUCAAAGAAGAACUUGUAUACUGCAUGAUAAAAUUGCCACAACUUAUAAAAUAAGAUAUAGUUUAUAUAUUUAUAAUAUAAGAGUGAUAUACUAGUGUACAAUGUGUGAUCUAUUGCUUAGUCGUAGAACAUAACAAAGAAAUAAAAUAUCUUGCAGAAAAACUAAAAUAUCUUUGGUUGGUUGUAAAUAAGUUGCUUGUAAAUCAUUGUUUCAAUAUUCAUCUUUUCCUUAAAUGAAUAAGAUAUUGCUUUAGUGAUAUCCAUAUAGUUUGUAGAUAUUCGUCAGAUAUAAAUAUGUUUAAUUGUUCUUCUGUGUGGCCAUUUAAGUAUAUAUGAUACUGUUUAUGUUUGGCCAAAGGCAUGUAUUUGCUGAUAUUGCCAAUACAAUGAAACUGAAACUGUAAUGAUAUUUCAGUACAUAUAUGCAUUUUCUAAUUCAGCUCUAGAAGUAUAUUUAGCUGAUAUGAAUGCUAUUGCUAUCAUUAUUUUGUCUUCUUGUCCAGCCUCUGUUUCAUUUUACCGAUUCAUCUGAUUCAAAUCAAUUACAGCUUACUACUCAUUGGUGAAAAUAUAACUUAGAGCACUUUACGUUCGAUAGAAAAUAUAUGGACCUUAAACAAUUACAAUUGAGUAAAUAGAAUGCGGAAUCUCAAUAUCAUAUGCACAUUUCAGACGAGAGAAAAAGAUGAAAAAUACAUUUUAAUAUACACAUCAUUAGGUAUUCAUUUUUAACAUCAUUGUUUAAGAUGCACUCUCACAGUUUGAUAGUCUUGAAAUAUUUAGUUUUGUUUUUGUCUCAAAAUUACCUGAUUUUGGUAUCAAUGCCUUCAAUUCGGUCAUAUAUAAGAUAACUCACGAUAGAACAGAUCUAAAUAUUUGGAAAACGGACGAAAAUUUCCUUUUUUUUCCUUUUUGCUAUUAAACAUAAAUUUUUGAACAUAAAUAUGAAUAAAAGCGAUUUAAUAUUUUGUCAGCGGUCUUGCAUCUCAAGUUUUUAGACAUUUUGGGUCAUUCCAGGACAACAAAAAAACGGUCAAUCUGUGAGACAGCAGCUUUAACAUGUAUCUGUGACUAAAAUAAUAAGGGAUACAUUAUGUUUAUCUUUAGAAUAUGUUUUAUUGCCGAUUAGUUUAUAAAACAAUGUGACUUGUAGUUGAAAAGCAAAUUACUGGUAAUAUGUUUAUGAAAGGCUGACAUUUACUGUACUUAAUACUUAUUUUUAAAUAUAUAUACCAUUGAUUGUCUAGUGAUCUUUAAUUAUGUUUAUCAUGUUAACCAUGUGGCAAGAAACAUUAUAGUUUACGUUACUUACUAAAUAUGUUUGAAUCUUGAAUUUUGCAUCUUUCAAUUAUGAAUACCAGUGUGCUACAUUGUAUAUAUGUAUGUAACAUUAUAUCAUGGAUGUUGUCGGGAUUUACGAACUGCAUACAUAUUUAUCAUUUAAUGAAUUGAAUGUGAAUUAUGCAUUCUACAUUAUGAAGUACUUUAUGUUUAUG